AAACAACAGGGUACAAAAGGGGGAGGCAGAGGGGGAGGAGGCUUGUUUUUGUCUGUGGAGUUGCAAGAGUGAGGAACUGAGCAGAGGGAAGGAACUUUCGGACUAAAGGAUUUGGGGCAGUGGAGUGAGGAGGAUUUAGGUGUGCCUCCCCCUGCUCCUUACUCUCUGCCCGCUCCAGGGGGGCGGAGCAGAGAGUCACGGGGGUGGGCCUCGAUGUCAGCUGCCGCCAUCCUGGAAAAUAGGAUAAGUGGAGCCCAUGAAGGGAAUGAUGUGUCAGGUGAUGAUGGUGGCCCUGUUGCAAGCCAGCUGAUUGUUCUGUCUGGUGCAGGCCGCCAGAAUGGAUGGCCUGCGCCACAGCCUGGAGAGUCAGGGGUUGAAGAAUGUGGCCUAUCUGGUCGUUAACCACCAGGGGGUGGAAGCACAACGCUUAGACAGCAGGCUUGAAGGGAGACUGUCUGUGAACAUCACGCUUUACAAACAGGAUGAGCAGCAGACUGAUGUGUGGCAGACACUGAACUGUGACAAGGACGACUUCUUCAUUUAUGACAGGUGCGGUCGUCUCACCCACCACAUUUCCCUGCCGUACACCAUCAUCGGCAUGGUCAUGUUGAAAGUGCAAUCAAAGACACCUACUGCAAAUGCAUCUGUGGGGACUGCACACACGAGAGUCCUAAGACUCCAGAGGAAUGCACACAGGAAGCAGUACCGCAGCCUGACGUGGAUGGUUCACCAGCUGGAGCAGGACACGGUCAGGGCCAUGACCACCAUCACAGGCAUCAUCAUGGUCACAGGGGUGCUCACGAUUUUCACCCACGUGGCUCUGGUCAUGGCCAUCAUCGCCACCGUGGUGGCGAUGAUGGCACUGAGUAGCACCACGACCAUGGUCAAGGUCAGAGAAACCACAGUUUUUCUAGACAAGAUGAGCAGGAAUCUGCAGCUCAUCCUUCAGACCUCAUGCAGCAAGUAGUCCAGGUGCAGCUAAUGGCCCAGGAGGCUCAGAGAGCCCCCAUGAGGCCUUGAGACCAGACCAGAGUGAGGUGAAAGUCAAAGUACAGCUGACAAUUGUCGGCUCUGACGGUCAGACCUCUGCCUGGCUCAGCUGAUGCUGACACUGACGUAGGCCGCCUCCUGACAGUGACACGUACUGACAGGUGAUGUGACCAACAAUGUCAGGGAGACCUGACAGUGACGUUCGCCUCUUGUUGACUGCAGAAUCAGCCAGCACCGUGAGCCCGACCUCCAGGUGUUGUGAGCUGAGGAUGAGAGCAACUGUAAGCUGGUUCUCGUAUUAAUCAGCUGACAACACCGUGAACGGUUAGGUGAUCUUUUACCAUCAAGUAUUACCCUGUGAAAGAACUAGGACUCACAACUGGCUGCAAAAAGACCAGAUGAGACCGUGAAUUAGGCUGUGACAGAAAGUAUAUCCUUUUGGUCACAGCCUAACUUUAAACAUUUAAACAAACAUACACGCAGACUGCCAUUGUAUGUGUUGGAGGAGGAGGAUUUUGCACCGGCAUCCGGCAUAUGUCUUAGGGAACGGACACAUGUGGGCCCCCCUCGCUCCCCCACCCCCCCAGAGCAGAAGGAUUGUGUUACCCUCAAGAGCCGUUUAUAUUUAUGAGGGCAAAGCCUGCUGUGUCCCACAGGGGUCAACAUCUCAACAUCUCACAAGGGUCAACCACCCACUGCAGUCAUGAAGUAAAAAAAGAUAACGGAGCUAUCACAGAACUUUUGGAUUUCUACCUCUAUGACUAAGGCGGAGUAAAAAUAGCUUUGCUCACACAUGUCUGCGGGGCAUUAAAGUCCACCAUGACAAUCCUCACAGCUGUCGGGUAAACUACACCCUCUCCCCCCACUGACCCUGGGACCUCUGCAAUUGUCUGUAGGACUUGGAGUGUAACACCCUCUGCUUUGUGUCAUGUAUCUGAAUUGCCUGUCAGACUGUGUCUGAAAAGGUCAACAAGCAACCAGAGGUAAUAGAUGAGUCUGAGGCAGGCUGCAUGUGUGGGUGUAUUUGGGCUGAAGAUCCAAUACAGGGGAACAGUGACUUAUGGGUAAUUACCUGCAAUGUCCUGUGAAGAGGAGCUGUGAGUGGUUUUGGCUCAGCUCCCAAAGAAGAGCCGGCUCUUUCGACUCCUGAAUGGCUCUUAAUUUAGGAUUUUUUGUUGGCCUUUAUUUUACCAUAACUUUGCAAAAAUUAAUGGUUUGUGUGUUGAAAACCCUUUCAUGUGCAGUGUUUUUAUGAGAAGCCUUAUAAUUGUCUAAGUUUGUGCAUUUAUUCUGUUACAAAAUAAUUCUUUUGUUUAAUAUUUUAAUCAUGUUAAUCAUGCAUGUUCUGGAGGUACAGCAGUCAGUUGUCAGGCAAACUGGUGGAGGUUUUUUCAUCCUUUCUUGCCAUAAUGCACGUUCUGUGUCAUAUAGUUUAGCUAUUGUUGUUUGGGACAAUGUUUUUCUACUGGGUAGAGUGUAUGUGGGAUUUAAAGUUUUGACAAAACUUUUAAAACCUUGUCCUUCACAAUGGAAAAGGGUUGGAAAUCAGUAGCUAUCAUUUUAGCCAACUCAUCAUCAAUACUGUUUGGCUGGGGUCAUCUGUUUUGGUAUAAACUGACUUAUUUUGCUUUGAGUUGCAGUAGGAGAGGUUAUACUUGCGGGAAAGCCAGUAGAUGCUGCUGCAGUUGCUGUUGUUUUGGGAUGAGACACACCAGGAUCAGUAGACGGUGUGCUAGCUUGCCCUCUCUCCUCUAACUGCACUGUAGGAUGGACAGUUCUGAUAUGUCUAUUAGAGUUGUGACGUUCACAAACGAACCAGAUCUUUUGAACGGCUCAUUAACAUGAACGAUGGGAAACGAGUCGUGUUUGCUUGGCAGCCGUUCCUUUUUUUUUUCUUUUUUUUUUUUUUUGGUGCACACGGAUGAUCACACAAGCUCCUCCACUGAGUGAGACGAAGAGAACAUGUGAAGGAGCGCUUAUUUCAAUGCAUAUGUAUUGCAUUGCAUAUGCAUUGCAUAUGAAAUUAGCGCAACAACUCAUGCAAUAUUUGCAUAUUGUGCAAAUAUUGCACGAGCUGUGCAUGCACUCUUCACGUGAGUGCCUCAGUAAAAAAAAAAAGGCGAGUGCGUCAGAAUCGGCAGACAGAGAUUCUGUCUCUCCGUAGAUAAGCAGUAUCCCUCAGGAGAAGGGUGUCCAAAGUGUCAGCGGUUUGCCUAACAACUGACUGCUGGACGUCAAGGGCAACGAUUUCAUUCAUGUCUGUAACAUGCCACUUCAUUGAAGAUUUUUUUACGUCCUCCUGCCUCCUGGACUGCUUUGAAUUUAAUGAGCGGCACACAGCAGACAACUUGGCAAAGAACCUCCUCAGUGUUGCAGGAGAGUGGGAGGUUGACAAGAAACUGGUGUGCUGCAAACAUCACAAAGGCCAUUCAGAUAACAGGACGGACCCACCUCCCGUGCCUGGCACACACCAUACAUCUUGUUGUAAGAGAUGCCCUCAAAGGUCCACAACCCAUCAUCAAUAAAGUUAAGGAGGCAGUGGAAUACUUUCAUAGAAGCACAGUGGAAGCACAACAAUUGAAGGAAACCACAGCUCCAAAUUAAGAUGGACAAACUACGACCCAAACAGGACUGUGUCACAAGAUGGAACUCAACGUAUUACAUGUUGCAGAGUUUCCUCACCAACAAGAACCCCAUUGUCUCCACCCUGAUUGCCUCCAAAGUAAUACUGCUGGCCAGGGGACUGCAGAGAGCCACGGCUGAUUUCCAGAGGAGGGCAACAACACAGGCAGAAAAAACAUGGUCAACUCGCUUUCUUCUGGUAUGUCAGCGAGAUUCCAUAGAAUGGAAUUCAACCACAUCCUUGUGGAUGCAACUGCGCUUGACCCUUGAUCAAAAGGAUGGCAUUCAUGGAUGGCAGAACUGCACACAAGGCCUUUCAAAGAGUAUCAACUGCAGCAGCAAGACUCGCAAUUAGCAGCAGCGAACCCAUCCAGCAACCGGUCCAAGAGGAAGGAGCAGGCAGUGCUGUUCCGGAAUCAGUUGUUUGGAGCUAUUUCCACGAGGAGGUAGCUGGAACAGUAGCAACUCGGAACCCCACAGCAGACGCUGUCAUGGAGGUGUGGGUGUAUCUAGCGGAGCCUCUUGUUCCAAAAAAUGAAGAUCCUCUCAAGUGGUGGAAAAGUCGGGUGCCUGUGUACCCCAGGCUUAGCAAACUCAUAGCUAAGAAGCUUUGCGUUGUGGCCACAUCAGUUCCAUCUGAGAGAAUUUUCUCGAAAACUGGACAAAUAGUCACAGAGAGGAGAAGUCACCUCAAGCCUGCAAAAGUGAGGUCACUUGUCUUCCUCAAUGCAAAUUUGCCGAAGGACGAGAAGGAGAGGCCAUAAAGCAUGGAACUGCUUUAUUAUUUUGGAAAUUUAAUUUAUUUAAUUUCAUUUAAUUUCUUCUGUUUACUCUUUAUUUUGUUAUUGGGGUUAUGGUUCAGAGCUUUUUUCAAAGUAACUAUAUGCACCUCGGGAAAGUUCACUAGUCCACUGUACAGUUUGUUGUAGUUUGUAGUAGUACUAGUGGGCUGUAUGCACAUUUUUUUGUAUUGUUAGAAAUGUUCUUGUGUGGAAAUUUUGCGUUAAAAAUUUUUACAUUGAACUUCA